AUGCUGCCUGAACAGAAUAACUCGUCUUUGGACACGGCGGGGGAUAACGCAGGUAAACUGGAGAAGAACUCGUCGUCGUUACGCCUAAUCGUGGCGUGCGCUGUUGGUUGCAUUGCUACCUCCGUGAUGUACACACUAGUGCCGUUUGUGUCGCCUGCAUUUCGCCGAAUUUGUUUACCCUACGUGCCUGCAACUUCAAAACAACUGACACUCGUGGCUCAGCUGCUUUGGCUUGCUGAGACCCGCGCACACAGACGCAUUGGAAGUAUUCUUGAUAUUGGGAGCGGGGAUGGUCGUGUCGUUCUGAGCCUGCUGGUUGACAAACGCCUAACGAGCCUGACCACAGCGGCCGGAGUGGAGCUGAACAGGCCGCUUGUGUGGUGGUCGCGUCUCGCGGCCUGGCGACAGAAUCAUAGCGACAAAGCGAGCUUCCAUUGUCAUGACCUCUGGACCUUUGACGUCUCUCCCUUUCAAAGUGUCGUCGUCUUUGGUGUCGAUACUAUGAAACUUCAGUUUACUGUCUUAAAUCCGAAUGUGCCUGAAGAUCUUGAUUAUAAUUUAUUUCCAUCAGUCGGCUCUUUCGUCGAGGCUCUAGCUAAGAUUAAGUCAGAAGGAGCGUUGAAGCGGCUAAGAAAGCCAACCGAUUUGGUGAUAACAGCUGACACGGUCAUUGCCCUUGAGGGUAAGGUAAUGGGCAAACCGAAGCACAUGGCGGAUGCCUUAGAGACGCUUUUUAAACUGAAUGGCAAAAGGCAUGAAGUAUUUACGGGGGUUGGUCUUGCAUGGCUUGAUCGAAUGGACAACAACUUACUCGUCUACGACAGCUUCACGGAACAAACCACCGUGCAGAUGGGCAAGCUCGAUGAGCGUGCUCUUGAGGCAUACGUUGGAACGCAGGAGCCCCUGGGAAAAGCAGGCAGCUACGGUUACCAAGGUGUUGGUGUGAGUCUGAUCGAGCGUAUAGAAGGGGACUACUUCAAUGCUCUGGGCUUGCCGGUCUUCCGGCUUUGCCAGUACGUCAACCGUCGAAGGGGCUUUUUACUGGACGAUGACAAUCCCCCAAUUAAAACACGGCUCACCUGA